GAGCGAGCGAUGCCGAAGGGACCCAAGAGUGCGGCUCCUGCGGCUGCGGCCAAGAAGUCUGCCAAGAAGGAGGAGAACCCUCUGUUCCAGAAGACUCCUAAGAACUUCGGCAUUGGAAACAACGUCCAGCCCAAGAAGGACCUUGCCCGCUUCGUCAAGUGGCCCAAGAAUGUCCGUCUUCAGCGUCAGCGCAGGGUGCUGUACCAGCGUCUCAAGAUCCCUCCUGCCAUCCACCAAUUCACCCGCACUGUAGAUAAGAACACUGCCGCUGAGGUUUUCAAGAUGCUCAACAAGUACAGACCUGAGACCAAGGAGGCCAAGGAGCAGCGUCUCAAGGCCGUGGCUGAGGCCAAGGCUGCUGGCGGCAAGGCUAAGGAGGACAAGAUGCCCUGCUUCGUCAAGUGCGGUAUCAACCACAUCGAGCGCCUCGUGACCUCCAAGAGGGCAACCAUGGUCGUUAUCGCUCACGAUGUCGAUCCUAUUGAGCUUGUAAUUUGGCUUCCGGCUCUCUGCCGCAAGCACGAUAUCCCCUACUGCAUCGUCAAGGGCAAGGCAAGGCUCGGAGCUGUCGUUCACAAGAAGAACGCUACUGCUCUUGCGUUCACCAACAUUCGGGAUGAGGAUAAGGGAGCAUUUUCCAAGCUCGUGGAUAACGUUCGUAGCAACUUCAACGACAGGGCUGAAGAUUUGCGUCGUUGGGGUGGAGGCAUCAUGGGUGCCAAGUCACAGGAGAAGACUCGCCAGAAGGAGAAGGCUGUCGCUCGCGAGGCUGCCAAGCGCAUGCAAGCAUAAGAAGGCAGAAACAUUAUUCAAUCUGUUCUCCAAUAAAUGCAAACAUACG